CUCUGCACUCAUCAUUUGUGAGAAUCCUAAGAAUAGAGUGCAACAAGAAAAAAGAAGAGUUGCAGUACAUACAUACCUACCUACCCACAAACAAAAACCGAAUUCAUAUCGAUCAAAGUAGGAGACAUAAGCACACAUCCAGCGAGUUAGUGCCGGUACCAACAUUAUAAGAAGAAAAAAAAAAAACAAUUUACAUAACACAUUAAUCGUGAUACCGUUAGAUAUUGAUCUUCAUUACAAAUCGAAUCAUUCAUCGAUCGCCAUCUAAAUAUUUAAUUAGUCAAAAAUAAAAUUAGAACAAAACUUCCCCCUCAGCAUGAAUAAAACCGAACUGAAGCCAACUGUGGCUCUUACCAGCGCCACAGUGGACAAAAUGUCACGUCAUGAUAUGCUGGAGUGGGUUAACAGUACAGUUCAUGGCCAACACAAGAAAAUUGAAGAGCUGUGCUCCGGUGUGGCCUACUGUCAAAUGAUGGAAUUAUUAUUUCCCAAUUGCAUUGGUUUGAAACGAAUCAAAACAUCUGCGAAAUUGGAACAUGAAUUUCUCUACAAUUUGAAACUAUUCCAAGCGGCAUUCAUAAAACUUAAUUUCGAUAAAUCUGUUCCCAUUGAUCGCUUAAUGAAGGGAAAGUUUCAAGAUAAUUUCGAAUUUCUACAAUGGUUCAAAAAGUUCUUCGAUACUCAUUCGGCCGGUAAGGAGAACCUGAGAGUUCCAGCUGCCAUGGCGGCAGCAGCACAAAAUGCUCCGAAACCUAUUAAGAAGCCUGGCAAUCAAACAUUGGGUAGCGCCAAAACGCCUGCGGCAAAACCAGACAUGCUGAAAACUCCUAAAGGUACACAACAACAUGGCGAACGCCAGGUAUCACCUUCGACAAUACGCACCCUGCAAGAGACACAAGAACAAUUGGCCGAGCAAAUACUGUCUGUUGAACAUGAAAGAGAUACAUAUUAUAAGAAAUUGGCCGAAAUUGAAGUUAUCCUCAAUGAGUCAGUGCAGAAUAAUAUCUUCGUUGAGUGGUGUAAUCGUGCUUUGACCAUACUCUAUGCUACAGAUGACACUCCCCCAGGCCCUGUUGAUGAUCUUGCACAAGAAAUGAUGCCAGCAUUAUCAUUAGAAACUGAUAUAUGAAAUAUUUAUAAUAUAUUUUUGUUCACUUUUCAUAAUUGGUAUUAAUAAAUGUUAUGUUAAUAAAAUAUAAAAUUAAGAAUAUACAA